CCGGGUGGAACGCCGGAGCGGAAGCCCGUGUCGCGCGCGCGCAUUUUCCGAGCUCGCCGUCUCGCUCCCGCCCGACUCCGCGCGCAUGCCGUUAAGGAAACGCACGGUGCGCGAUGGGGCGUUCACCUCCGAAACCGAAAGGCUAAAUGAGCGCCAAUUUGUGGACAUGGAAUAACACGACACGAAGGGAAUGUUGCGCGACUCCGAAUCGUCUACGGUGAUGUGAAUGGAUGCCACUGGCGGUGCAACAACCGGAGACAAGCUCUGUGAUUCUCGAAGAAGAGAGCGACUGUACUUCGCUUAGGUGCGGUCGGAGCAAUGGAGGUUCCCGUACGUAAAGAGGGACAUGAAGUGCUAAGCGCCGAGUACUGCUACGGCUACACGGACAAGUUCGGCAAGUGGAACAACGGGUUCCCGUGCCCGGCGCAGAGCAGCGGCGAGACCGUCUACUGCUGCGGAACAUCCACGGAGCCGUACUGCUGUCGCAAGAAGGAGGACGAGCCACCGGCACCGACUCACGACCAGACACUUCUUAUUGGAGUGGCCCUGGGCACGCUGCUGGUGGUGGCCUUACUAGCCCUGGGCGCUUGUCUGCUAUGUCGCCGCCGGAUUGCACACAAAAAUAGGCACCAGACCAUCAACGGAGGCCCCAUCUACAGGAUGCACUGCGGCAGCUCCAGUGCGAACACCUACUCAUUUUCGGGUCACGACAGUGGCGCAACAACCCCUGGCACCGUGCCUUCGGGCGGCGUCGCUGGAUGUGGUGGGCCCGUUGCCCCGGGCAACUGCCAUCAGCACGCACCGUCCGAUCGUGGCGCCAUCUCGGAGCCGUUCAACGAAAUGGAGCCGCCUCCACCACCUCCUCGCGAUAUCUCGAGCUUCAGCGGACUCCUCACACCAUGUCCCGCAGGCGGGCUUCACUACAAUGGCCCGAUGCCGCACAUGGAGCCACCGCCUCCGUACCAAGUGGAGAGCCCACAUUCGACGCUGCUCGUGCGGACCAUGCCCUCGGACGCAUCAAACUGCAGCCAACAGAGUUUCGGCACGUUGCGCCUGUCACAGCAAAGGCCAGCACGCCGAUUCCAGCCGUUGCCGCGGACGCAGCAGAUGCAGCAACCACAAGGCGCAGACUACCACGAUCCCGCAUACUGGUGCACCAAGUUCUGACUCUAACGCGGACUAGAACUUGGUGCGGACCAAAGAAAAUCCGGGAAUCGCGGACAUCACGUCACGCUAGGACGGCAGCAGUUUAAAACCUGCUGCCAGAGUAUGAAGCCGAAGGCGACUGCAAACCUUGAGAGUGCAGGCGAAUGUGACGCCAUCUGCCGUGAAAUUCCAGAACCUCGUCGUAGUAGCCCCAAGUGAGGCUACAACCUUCUCGGGGUAGCCACUUUGUGGUGCUAUUCUGUACACUGCCGAAUUUUGUAAUGACGGCAUUUUAGGCCAAUCGAAAAGCCCACAACAGCUCUCUGGGCCAAACAUACCUAACCAAAGGAAACAAACUGACAUGUAGAAAUUUGGCAACAACCAGAAUAGCACCCCUGGGUUUACCUGAGUAGUGCUGACAGAAAGUGACGGAGACACAACGUACGUGCCACUUGGGUGUAUUUCGUUCAUUUAUCCAGCUGGCUGUGACCAACAACGGAACAAUUUGUGCGUCAUCUGGUUACGUGGACAAACGAAGGAACGUGUCGCGCGACGAGAGUAGAAAGACUCAGUUUCGACAAUGAUGACGUCAUCUCAAGAAACGGAAUGAACUGUGCGCCACUGCCACUCAUUUCUGGAGACGAGAGCCACGCACAGAUAUAACUGUUACAGAAGUGUUUGUAAAGUUCGUUCCAAAUGACUGCUUCAUCAUGCGUUAUACCGAGUUGCCAGAAAAAAUUAUUUAAAUUUUAAAUAUUUCACGUUAUUCUUGUGACAUGCCAUUGUGCACAAUUUAUGAAGCGAGCUUUCCGGUCAGACCGAAAGAGGUAAUGCUAUACGAAUGCUCGCCAUAGUUAUUGUCGUUUUAUACGGUGAACUCACAUAUGCAGCAUAUCAGAAAGAAAUCAUAGGCCAUAUAUCACAUUCAAGAGUGUCUGUGUCAACGGACGUUGUUACCAUUUGGAAAGCAUGCUUCCUAAGUAUUACAGCAUCACUGAAUAUAACUGUAAAAUAAAAAAAUGAAAUGCGAGUGUCCACAAAAAAAUUGCUACGGGUGCACACUUGCACGAGAAAAGAUGCAAUACCAGAACAUCUGCAUGAACAACCCAUCUUCUGAAGGUAACGGGCAGUUGUACAGCUGUCAAAACUGCAAAAAUGAGUAUCCCCGAUAUUCAAUUUGUCUUUACAUCAGCGACAAGGCCGCACAUCUAUGGCCAUGGCACAGUGCAUCAGUGUGAACUUACAAGGUACAAUUAUUAAUUUAUUAGUUGGUAAACACAUGAUUAAACGUACCAUUACAUUCAGAAAUGUGUUUAAAUAACAGUAAUUUUUCUUUAAUAUGGCCACAUUACAGGACUGCCGGAAACAUAAAUGCGUUAGAUUUUGAUUAAGUGUACAUGCUGCAGAACCAGUCAAUAUUAGGAGACCACCAAACAUCAAGUCAAGUUUUAAGUAUGCAAGCUUUACUUUUUGCUUUUUUUAAAGCUGCAGCUAAGAUAUUGUGUAAAGUGAACAAGUACUUAUGAAACAAGGCUUUGAAGGGCUACUCGCCACCUCGCGUUUAAAGACGAGGGGGUGACUUUAUCCUCACCUUCAUACACACGAUGCAUCCUCCUCGCGCCUUAGUUGUUUAAUGCACGUGAACAAUGUCAGCAAUAGGCGCUCGAGCCUAGGAUUUCGCGCUUCUCGGCGGCACGCUGUUAUCGCUUCUUGCGCAGUUGUAAACAAAAAAAUGAAGCUUGAUCAGUUGAUUGUACACAAUAUUGAUGCGAAACAAAGAAGAACGGAUGGGCGGCUGCAUGGCAAAGCAAAAGCAAUGCAGGAGACAAAUCACGUGUGAUAUUUCACGUAUAUCAGCGAAUCGAGAGCAUGUACGCUGUAGACGUCACGGUAACUACUUCUACGUCCCAGUAGUGCGCCGAGAAGGACGAGAAAUAUCAGGAAAGAAUAUUGCACUCUUUUUUAUAUUUUGGAAGCCUGGUGAGUGGCCCUUCAAGUGAUAAUUAAGCAAUCAACUCAUAUUAUUCCCAUUGACGUAUUGCUACAAUUCUUUUGCGCUUAUGGUAAGCUAAAGAUACCGAGGCUAUUGUAUUUGAUAUUAUCUCAACCAUGGUUCAUUACAGCCGAUCAGUCUUUUACCAAAAUCAUGAUCUGUUAGUUCUCCAAGCAAUCUGAGUACGUAAGGGACGAGUACUCAGAUUGAAGGUUAGCACUAAGAACAAUGCUCCCCAAUCCCACACGCUUAAAACAGUGUGAAUUCUGUUCUGAUAACUGCAGCAAAGAAGAAUUCACAAAUACACGUGCAGCAUGUCUAAUCACAAAAUAUGGAGACACCUGUAACCAUAUAAAACUAAUGUGGUCUCAACAUUUGUUUAAAUACGCCCGUUCACCUAAAUUCUGCAUGAUUAAAAGACUUCUGUGACAACAAAAA